AAAACACAACCACCCACCACCCACAAAAUAAAAACAAAACCCUAUUUCCACAGAGAUACAUUAUACAACAACGACAGCAGUAGCUACAUGAUUAAUCAUAUUAACUUUAGCCGUUGCUAGAGUUGGGCCACAGCCACCACAGAAACAUAAGAGAUAGAGAGUAACCCAUAGCAGCAAAGCAACCCAGUACCCGCUACUUACUGCAUGCUCCAUCUCCAUCUCGAUCUCGAUCUCUGGGUGGUCCUCGUCUUCCUCUCAAGUCUCACGCUCCCUUCCUCUUCACAAUUAGGGAGUUUGUUUUAAAUCCGAAUUGUUUGUGCAAUUUAUUCCCAAUUCCAUCCAAAGAAUAUAUAUUGAUUGAUUAAUCGAUCGUGGGUUGUAGGAAAUGGUGAGAAUUAUUUGUAAUAUUGUUGUGGUUGUGGUUGUGGUUGUGUUGGUUCUCUUCCAAGAAAUUCAAGGAUCGAGCGGCCAACAAACAUAUGUAAAUAACAAGCAGCUGGACUGCGACAAAAAUUACGCCAACACGUUAGGAUACGUGUGCAAUGGAGUAGCAUCAUCGUGCCUUUCAUAUCUGACCUUCCGAUCCACCCUAAUCUACGACUCCCCAGCCACCAUAGGCUACCUCCUCAGCGCCGAUCCCUCUCAGAUUGCCCAAAUCAACAACAUCUCCGACGUCCAAACCAUCCCCACCGACACUCUCCUCAUAGUCCCCGUAAACUGCACCUGUUUCUCCAAUUCCAACAAUUCCAAUAAUUCCAAUUCCAGUACUAAUACUACAUCUACAGUCUCCUCCUCCUCCUACCAGCACAACGCCUCCUACGUUCUCAAGACCACAUCCGAGACCUACUUUACGGUAUCCAACAACACCUAUGAGGGGCUCACCACUUGCCAGGCCAUGAAAGCCCAGAACCCCUACUACUAUCGCGACCUCCUCGUCGGCAUGAGACUCUCCGUCCCUCUCAGCUGCGCUUGCCCCACCUCCAAUCAGACCCACUCUGGCUUCAACUACCUCCUCACAUACCUCGUCAACUGGGGCGAAUCCAUCGAAUCCAUCGCCAACACCUUCGCCGGCGCCGCCGACAACCAAACCAUACUCCUCGCUAACGAGCUCUCUCCCGAUAGCAUCAUCUUCCCCUUCACCCCACUCCUUGUUCCCCUUCGAACCCACCCCACCAAGCUCAACACCGCCGCCCUCUCUCCUCCUCCUCCUCCUUCGCCUCCCUCCUCCACUGAGUUCUCCGUUGGGAACACCACCACCACUUCUUCCCCCAAAUGGGUUUUCGUGGGCGCCGGUGUUGGAGGUGCUGCCCUGCUUCUUCUCGCCUUCUCCGGAUUUCUAUUUUGCUUCUUCUUUCGUCGUCGUCGAAAUCAAAAGCCAGUUCAUGGUUCAACCCCACAACCCACCGGUGAGACUCUUUCUGAAUUACCCGAUUACAGUGCGGUUCCGCCCGAUAGCAAAUCCUGGUCUGUCUCGUCGGAAGGGGUUCGAUAUGCCAUUGGAUCCCUUACCGCUUAUAAGUUUGAGGAGUUGCAAAAGGCCACAGGGUUCUUCGGCGAAUCCAACCGAAUCAAGGGCUCUGUAUAUCGGGGUUCCUUCAACGGCGAUGAUGCCGCUGUUAAGGUCAUGAAAGGGGAUGUCUCAGACGAGAUCAACAUUUUGAGACAGAUCAACCAUUCUAGCAUAAUCAGGCUUUCUGGGUUUUGCGUGCACGAUGGGAACACUUACCUUGUUUAUGAGUAUGCUGAGAACGGGUCCCUCAGCGAUUGGCUACACUCAAAUUCCAAAACUGCUUCUUAUUCCACUAGCAACCUAGGCUGGAAGCAGAGGGUUCAGAUUGCCUAUGAUGUUGCGGACGCCCUGAAUUACCUCCACAACUACACUAGUCCCCCUUACAUCCACAAGAACUUGAAGACCAGCAACAUCCUUCUUGACGGUCAUUUGAGGGCUAAGGUUGCCAAUUUUGGGCUGGCAAGGAGUCUUCCAGAGAACCAAGACCUGCAAUUGACGAGGCAUGUGGUGGGCACUCACGGUUAUAUGGCUCCUGAGUACAUAGAGAAUGGUUUGGUUACCCCAAAACUCGAUGUCUAUGCAUUUGGUGUGGUGAUGUUGGAGCUCUUAUCAGGAAGGGAAGCUGCAAGAGGGGGGCGUGAUGGCAACAACAAGAAGAAUGGGGAAGAUGAAGAGGACGGUGAGGAGGAGUUGUUAUCUGCAACUAUACGUCAGGUGCUCGGAGGACAGAAUGUUAGAGACAAACUGCGAGGGUUCAUUGAUCCUUGUCUGGGGCACCAAUACCCCUUGGACUUGGCCUACUCCUUGGCCCAGCUAGCCAAGAACUGCAUAGGCACUCGUGAUGAUCUCAAUUCUCGACCCGCUAUGGCCGAGGUUUUCAUGACUCUGUCCAAGAUUCUCUCCUCUUCUAUGGACUGGGAUCCAUCUGAUGAGCUUGAACACUCCAGAUCACUAAACAGUCGCAGAUAAA